AUGGGCAUCUCAGCGCUACCGCAGGCCACCGUGCGGACGCUGGGCGCGUCUCAAGUCUUGACUGACCCUGCUGCUCUUGUCAAAGAGCUGGUGGAUAACGCUCUCGACGCGAACGCCACAUCUAUUUCGAUCGAGAUCAGCAACAACACUGUCGAUGUCAUCCAAGUCAGAGAUAAUGGCCAUGGAGUUGCCCCUGAAGACCGAUCAUUAGUAGCGAGACGCUAUUGCACAAGCAAGAUAUCUCAUGACGACGAUCUGAAAGACAUUGGCGGCUCAUCGCUAGGGUUUCGUGGUGAAGCGCUUGCGAGUGCAGCAGAGCUGAGUGGCACCUUGACCAUCAGCACUCGAGUUGAGGGCGAAGCUGUCGCAGCAGCUUUGAAGAUCAAUCAGAAAGGCGAAGUU